CUCUGCGCCAGCAUGGCCAUGGCUGGACUGUUCAUCCUCAGCCUGGGGGGCUCCGUCCUGCUCCUGGCACUGGCCCCGGCAGGAGUCCAGGGGAGCCGGAUCAUCGGGGGAAAAGCGGUGGCACCUCACUCCCGGCCCUUCAUCGCCUCCAUCCAGAUGGACGGGCAGCACGUCUGCGGGGGCUUCCUGGUGUGGCCCAAGUGGGUGAUGACGGCAGCCCACUGCCCCAUCCCCAGGCACAACCCCUUGGUGCGGGUGGUGCUGGGCGCCCACAGGCUGGAGGACCCCGAGAGGUCCCAGCAGGUCUUCAGCGUCGUGGAGUCCAUCGCCCACCCGCGCUACAACCCCAGCUCGGUGGACAACGACAUCCGCCUGCUGAAGCUGAACGAGUCGGCCACGCUGAACAAGUACGUGAAGCGCAUCCGCCUGCCCCAACCCGACGUCGACCUGAAGCCCGGCACCGUCUGCUACGUGCUGGGCUGGGGGGACACCUCCAACUACGGGGACCGGCCCAGCGAGCUGAUGGAAACCGGCACCACCAUCAUCAAGCGGAGCCUCUGCCGAACCCUGUGGAGGGGCAAAGUCUCGUCCAACAUGAUGUGCGGGGCCAGCCGCAACGCCACGCUGCAGGGCGUCUGCGCGGGCGACUCCGGGGGCCCCCUGAUUUUCAAGGGGAAAGUUUACGGCAUCGUCUCGUUCUCUGGGCAGAGAUGCGGGGACCGCCGGCACCCUGACAUCUACACCAAGAUCUCCAACUACAUCGACUGGACCAAGACCAAGACCAAGACCAAGACCAAGACCAAGACCAAGACCAAGACCAAGACCAAGACCAAGACCAAGACCAAGACCAAGACCAAGACCAAGACCAAGACCAAGACCAAGACCAAGACCAAGACCAAGACCAAGACCAAGACCAAGACCAAGACCGACCCACCUGCCCACAGAGCCAGCAGAUCCUGGGCAGGGUUUUAUCCCCCUUUAAUCACCUUAAUCACCGAUGGCAGCUGA